UAGCCACUCCCCCCCCGCUCGCUCUCCUCCCGCCGCUUCCCCGCCCGCCCCCCUAGUUUGCCCAACUAUGACAAUAACAAAAGUCGCCAUCACUGAUGUGGACAACACGACCGAGGUCGUGAAAGUAGCCGACCUCGACGAAACGACUGUCGAGCAGCCCAAUGUGCCCGUGAGCAGAUUGGUGUUCAUUGGCAUCAUGGUCUCCCUUUCGCUGCUCAUCUUUGCCGCCUCGAUGGUUGGCACCAUCGUCGCCACGGCCCUGCCAUCCAUCGCCCACGAGCUCGGCGACCUCAAGGACUACUCCUGGGUCGCCACGGCCUAUCUCCUGACCUCAACUGCCAUCCAGCCCCUCAGUGGCGUCAUGAGUGACAUCUUUGGGCGCAAGAUGGUGGUGGUCUUUUCGGCCUCCGCCUUUCUGCUCGGCAACAUCCUCUCUGCCGUCAGCACCAGCAUGAUCAUGCUCAUUGUCUCCCGCGCCGUCAUGGGCAUCGGGGGUGGCAUCAUCUUCUCCAUCGUCUAUGUUGUCAUUGGUGACAUUGUGGUGCCCCGGAAGCGCGGCGCCUACCAGGGCAUCCUCGGCGGCGUCUUUUCGAUCGCCACCGUCAUGGGUCCCAUCAUUGGCGGACUCUUUAUCGACAGCUCCGCCGGCUGGAGAUGGUGCUUCUAUGUCAUCAUCCCCAUCGCCGCCAUCUCCCUCAUCUCGACCAUCUUUCUCAUGAAGUUCCCAAAGCCCACGGGCUCUCUCAAGGACAAGCUCGUUCUGCUGGACAUCUGGGGAACGCUGACGAUCUGCGUCAGUGUUGUGCUGAUUCUACUUGCCCUCACCUGGGGCGGCGUAACCUAUGCCUGGAACUCGGCCACGAUCAUUGUUCUGUUCGUCGUCGGCGGCCUCAUGAUGGGUGUCUUUGUCCUGGUUGAAGCCAAGAUCCCACGCAUACCCAUCAUUCCCCUCGACCUGUUCCAGUAUCUCAACCUCAAUGCCGGAAACAUCGUCGUCUUCUCGUAUGGCUUCCAGAUGUUCGGCUUCAUCUUCUUUGUUCCUCUCUACUUCCAGGCCAUCCACGGCAAAACCGCCGUCCAAGCCGGCCUCGCACUCGUCCCCUUCGUGCUGGCAGUGUCCAUCUCAUCGAUCAUCGCCGGCCUGGUCACAUCCCGCUUCGGCACCACUCGGGGUCUGAUCAUUCCCAGUACGGCGCUGUUGUCGAUUUCGGUCGGUCUCCUGAUCCUCCUCGACGAGAACUCCAGCUGGGCUGUCGAGGCCACGAUCCUUGCCCUGAUCGGUUUUGCCAUGGGCCUCGGUCUGCAGACCGUCACUGCUGCCGUCCAGGGCUCCGUCCCCGUCGAGCGUCUGGCCUCGGCCACAUCGAGCAACACAUUCUUCCGAACCUUUGGCGGUGUCUUUGGCGUUGCUCUCUUCCAGACCGUGCUGCUGACUCGCUUCCAGGCCUCGCUGGUCACUCGCCUGGGUCCCCGGGUUGUCCAGUCCGUCGCCAUCUCGUUCGACCCCAAUGACCUCAACACUCUGCCCGCACCCAUCCGCGCAGUUGUUGUUUCUGCGUUGGUCGAUGGAUUCCACACAGUGUGGAUCGUUGCCGCAAGCGUCGCUGGCGCUGGUUUCCUGGCGUCGCUGCUGAUGCGAUCCGUCGAUUGGAGCAAGAGCCAGUCGCAUGUCAAGGGUGCCCAACGAUCCCCGUCGCUGAACAACAAGGUUGAUGACAACGCCUAAAGCACAUCAACAGCAAGAAAAGAAAGAAAGAAAGAGAAUAUGCAGGAAGCUUUGUGUAAGAGUUGCCGAUGAUCGCCAUCGAGUCCUUGUUCCCUCGAUUGUUCUACCUCUUGGAGGGGUAAUUUACUCUCGGAGCAAAUCGUCGCUCCGCCCCGCCUCAUUUUCCUCGCCCAGUUCGAGCACCCAACGCUUCUCAAGCAAGCAUAGUCCACACAUCUAUCCUAAAGCCGUCAUUUGUGUAAUCCAAACACAAAAAAAUCCAUUCGGCUCUCCUUUCCUCUACUCGAUU